CCUCCUAUCUGCAUACCGGAGGAAGUCCGGAGAUAGAUGGACCAGAGCCAAAUGUUAGGAUCGAGUUCUCUGUUUAUGGGUUGUUUAUUCUAUUCACGUUCAACAAAUAGUAUAAAACGAGGGUUUCUUUGGCUUUUUUUUUUUGGCUUCUGCUCUUCCAUCCAUCCUGCGAUUGAUAAAGACCAUUGAGAUUAAAUGAACCAAACUACCCCGCCGACAGCAGCCAGUAUGCCUGAAGGUCAUCUCAACGCCCUGCUCACUGCAGUGGAAUCUAAAACCGUCAUUAUCACCGGCGGCGCGAACGGGAUCGGCGCAGCAACCGCCAAGCUCUUUCACGCUCACGGCGCGAACGUGGUGGCUGCAGAUCUCGAAUCAAGCAGAGGCGCAGCAGAAGCGCUGAUAGAAUCACUGGGGCAGCCUUCUAGAGCUAGCUUUCUACCUGCGAGCGUGGUGGACUGGGCGCAGAUGACAGCCGUUUUCAAGGAGACACUCCGUCAGUUUGGUCGGAUCGAUAUCGUGGUCGCCAACGCAGGGAUCAUGGAGACACAGCCCGUCCUGGACAUGGAGGAUCUUAACGCGGACGGCGAGCUCAGGGAGUCGCUUGAGGCGUCCCGGGUGAUCGACGUGAACCUUAAGGGGACAUUGAACACCCUGAGGCUCGCCAUGUUCUACAUGAAGGAAUCUCCGCCAGAUAGCCCUCGCUCGAUUGUUCUCUUGGCCUCGACGUCGGGGUACUUUGGUGGAACGGGCGUCAGCGCCUACAUCGCUUCCAAGCAUGGGGUGGUCGGGCUGCUGCGAGCGUCCCAGUCAGCGGCAAAAAGAUAUGGAAUCCGAGUCAACGGGGUUGCUCCCUUCUUUACCCCAACGCAUAUCACUGCUGGGUUUGCAGAAAGUUGGAAGGCCGCGGGGCUGGAGGCCAACACGGUCGAUGGUGUUGCGCGGGUUAUUGCCCGGGCGGCGAUGGAUCCCACCAACGAAGGUGUUUGUUUGCUGACUGCGGGAAAACAUGUUCGAGACCUGGAGUCCACACGGAUGCAACUCCUACCAUCAUGGCUGGGCAGCGAUACAGCCGAGUUCAUGGGGAGAGCGAUGAGAUUUUUUACUGAAAUUGGAGGCUACGUUUUGCCAAAGGCACGGACUGGGUGACAAGAUAUCAUUUCUUUGAUGGGAUAAGUAGGAUAGGUCAAGCGGCAGCAGGGGAAGAACUAUACAGCUUGCGAUAAAGUCCAAUGCAAAGAAUGAGCACUGUUGAAUAGAGAAAAAAAACCAUAAUUGAGAUUUCAUUUCCAGCUAAGCCAUGUGUAGAUGGCGCCAGUAUACAUCCCUUGAU